AUGGCUCCCAAGAUCGCCAUCGUCUACUACUCCAUGUACGGCCAUGUCCGCACAUUGGCCGAGGCUGAGAAGAAGGGCAUUGAGAAGGCUGGUGGUACUGCCGACCUCUUCCAGGUCGCCGAGACUCUCCCCCAGGAGGUCCUCGACAAGAUGUACGCGCCACCCAAGCCCACCGACGUCCCUACCAUCAGCGACCCGACCGACCUCGAGGGUUAUGAUGGCUUCCUGAUCGGCAUUCCGACCAGGUACGGCAACUUCCCCGGCCAGUGGAAGGCUUUCUGGGACCGCUCUGGCAAGCAGUGGUCCACUGGUGGCUUCUGGGGCAAGUACGUCGGCGUCUUCAUCUCCACUGCCGGUCUGGGUGGUGGCCAGGAGUCGACUGCUCUGGCUUCCAUCUCCACAUUCGCCCACCACGGUCUCAUCUACGUGCCUCUCGGCUACGCAAAGACCUUCGCCCAGCUGACUGACCUCAGCGAGGUCCACGGUGGCAGCCCCUGGGGCGCCGGCACCUUCGCCGGCACUGACGGUAGCCGCCAGCCCACCGCCAAGGAGCUGGAGAUUGCCACCAUCCAGGGCGAGAACUUCUACAACACUGUUGCCAAGGCCACCGGCGCAUGA